AAAUAUAAAUAGAAUUGUGUAUGUGUGUGUUUAUAUACACACACAAUUUUAGGGUGUUAUAUAGUUACACUACACAAUUAUAAAAUAUACAAAUAUUUAUCAAAGGAUGGGCUAAUUUAAGUAAUAUAAAUAGUGUUACAGUGUUAAAUUAUGAUAGCUUUUUUCAGAAAUUCUUCUUUUUAAUUAUCUGAGAUCAAUGCAAAGAUUUAAUUUUUGCCAUGCCUCCAUCCGCUAAAUCAAAUCUUAUUUUCUUUUAAUAAUUCAUAUAGUGUGCCAGACUAAUUUAGGGUGUCUCUGUUGCACAUCACAGCACACGAUCAGUUCUCAUCAUGUAACAGGAUCUCCACUGAUUGAGUUGCAGUGUGAUGAAUGGAGCUGAGCGUGUCUCGCGUUACCCAAUCAGAGCUCUGUGCGCGUCCCCCGAGGAACAGUUGCGUUGGAAACAACCAACACUUUUAAACCCAAACACUUUGGAGUUAUUCGGAUUGUUCCACUGAUGGUGAGGUAAAGUAGUUAAAUACUAUGAUCAUGAAGCGGUCGGUCCAGUGCGCUCCUCCUCCGGCUGUGGUUGUGGGAUCUAAAGGCUGGAGGGAUGCGACUGUCCGCUCGAUUCUGCGCGCCGAGGAUCUUCUGCGUCAAACUCACGCAGAUCAGCUGCACUCAUCUACACGCUACCGCAGCCACAGCGUCGGGACAUUUACCUCCAGACUUCCUCAGCUAACAGCUUACAGUCUGAACAGCAGCGUCGAUAAGGAGCACAAUGAGAGUGACUCGUUAAAGAAAGAGGAAUUCCGACCUAAAUCCAUUGGAAGUAUGGUCAAUUCUGGAAUCAUUAGCGGGCCGUUCCCUCCGCCGGCCCUGCGUGAUCAGAGUGCAGUAGUCAGCACCGGUAUGGUGGGUGAAUAUAUGCGGGGUGUGAGAGAGGUGGAGGGUCACCUGCGCAGACAAGCAGGCAGGGUCACACAGGAGGGCACCAGGGUAGAGCAUCAGAGGGAACGACUGGAAAAAUUGCUCCGCAGUCUUAGAAGAGCACUGCUGGUCAAUCAGCAAAGUGCAGAUGGCAGGAAGUUUCGACCGGCCACCACAGAGACAAUACGGGAUGGAGCCGAUGAUCUUCUACGCAAUGAACGAAGAGGCCUGAAUGUACUCAAACAAGAACUGGAGAGCAUGUUGAAAAAGACCUUAACUCAACAACAGGUUUUGGCUGAGAGCAGUAAGCAGUUGUUGGAUUGUGCCUUUGAGAGAUCCAUAGUAACAGAGCUGCUUCCCCAGCACGGCUCACUCUCAGCGGGUGUGAAAACGUACCCUUCUCCCCUCUCGCUGAAACCUGACCCCACUGCACCAUUUACUCCAGAGUGCAAGCAGGCUUUGGAUUCUUCAUCAACAGUAUUACGUCAAUCUCAGCAGCUCAGAGAGAACAUUUCACAAGUCAUGAGUGAUGUCAUCAGAAAGCAAACAGAUAUGCACCGUUCAGCCAGUGAGGCCCUGCUGAAGAAAAUCACUGAAACUAUCAACCUAGAGCAACAUCUGACACUGAGCUCAGCUGCCACGAGACAGGCCAUUUACCGCAAACAGAGACAGAUGCAGUGUGCUGGCUACAGUCUUGGCAGAGCUAUGGGCCCAGUCUGCAGUGCUGAUCUUUUUUGUCGUGAGAGAUUGAGUAGGCCUAUGACACAGCUGUAUGGGCGGCAUUCAUGUUUCGGGCUGCCAGAAUCCAACCUCCUAACACAGGGCAGUACUAUGAUCUGGAAACACCUGGAAUCCUCAGGGAAAGAGAUAGCAGAGCUGCAGGCCUCUCAUCAGCAGCUGGAGGAUGACAAGUAUGGAAAGCAUGCCGCAGCCGGUGUGGACUCUGCUGUGUUCAGGCUGCGGCGAAGACUCGUACGUCCCCAGUCUGUUCGGCCUGCAACCAGUUAAAACUCUACUGACAUCAAUUUUAACAUAAAGAUGGUGCCUUGCUUGCUAAAGUUUGAAAUCUGUGGUCUUUCUAAUCAUUAUACAAAGCUACCAUGUGGUGUUUGCAAAAUAAGAGUAUGGUGAUUGUUUGUCAUUUAAAUAAUAUCCAGGAAAUACACAUGGCAAAAUGUGUGACAGAUGUGUGCAUGAUUAAGAUUGUCAACAAACCGAAUGACAAUCCAUCAUGGUGGCACAGUAUUUGAAUAAUAAUCUGAUUUUAAGAGUUAAUUUAAUUUUACUUUUGACUCAUGAUUUGCUGUAUCACCACCAAAGCCUUAAAUAAAGACUUAUAGUGUGGUACAGUUCUGAUACACUUCACCACUAAGCAGAGUUGGAGUCAUGAUCAUGGUCUUGAGACUACAUAAACACGGUCCUGAGUCUCAGACAAGACUGCAGUCCAUUUCCAUUGUACUAAAGAUGAUGAUUACCUCAACCAAUUGCUGAUGUGUUUUCAUGAUCAUUACAAACAACUCUGAAAAGCAAAAUAUAUGCUGUGGUUUUUUCAGUUCAUUAAAAAGAAAAGCCUGGUUUUGGUCUUAAAGCGUUG